GCACCGACUACUCCACGCCAGCCUCCCCGGUGAGCUCCGCACCGACUACCCCACGCCAGCCUCCUCGGUGAGCUCUGCACCAACUACCCCACGCCAGCCUCCCCGGUGAGCUCUGCACUGACUACCCCUGCCUACCAGGCAGCUCUACAACCCCUCAUCUCUCUUCCAAACAAGAUGUUUCUACUCAAUAACUUCAGCCAGGGGGGUGCGGGCAAAUUAGUGCAGGGAGCUAUGAGCUGCCUGUCGGGAUCAGGCCAGGGAGGUGGCGGUGGCGGCAAUGUUCUCCAGGGAGUUCUUGGUGGCCUGACCGGACAGGGCCAAGGAGGUGGUGGAGGUGGUGGAGCCGGCAAAAUGCUGCAAGGGGUUAUUGGUGGCCUGGCUGGACAGGGCCAAGGAGGAGGUGGUGGCGGCGGCAAUGUUCUGCAGGGUGUUCUUGGUGGAGGAGCCGGUAAAUUAAUACAAGGAGCCAUAAGCGGUCUGGCCGGUUCAGGACAGGGGGGUUCCGGAUCUGGGAAGCUCUUUGCAGCCCCCGGCGGAGCUGGGGGGGGACAAGCAGCAAACAUCCUAGGAGGGAUUGUCAAUGUUAUCGGUGGAUUAAUCGCCAACUACAACCCUGCACCUCCACCAACACCAUGCGCCAACACAUACCAGCAAGAAGCCAAUGAGAACGAAGAACAGAGACAAUUCCGACGUCUCUUUAAACAGCUUGCAGGAGAAGACAUGGAGGUCUCCCCUGCAGAGCUCCAGAACGUCCUCAACAAGGUGGUAGCAAAACACUCAAAUUUGAAGACCGACGGCUUCAGUAUUGACACUUGCCGCAGUAUGGUGGCCGUCAUGGACAGCGACGGGACGGGGAAACUGGGCUUUGAAGAGUUUAAGUAUCUCUGGAACAACAUCAAGAAGUGGCAAUGCAUCUACAAGGAAUUUGAUGCCGAGCAGACAGGGUACAUUCGAGGAUCCGCCCUGCCGGGCGCCUUGCAAGCUGCCGGCUUCGAGCUCAACGAGCAGCUCUAUCAAAUGCUGGUGCGGCGUUACGCCGACGACAAAGGCAACAUCAACUUUGACAGCUUCAUCAGCAGCCUGGUUCGAAUGGAUGCCAUGUACAGAGCGUUUAAAGCCCUAGACAGAGAUGGGGAUGGCGAGGUCCAGAUCAGGAUGCCAGAAUGGCUGAAAAUGACUAUCUAUUCCUAAAAGAUGUGUUCACCCUUCCGAUGCCCUGGCUGGGGUUUAUGGGGGAUUUGCUGCUGGCUACCCCUGGCUUGGUAAUUGGUAUCUGACUGUUCUCUGUAGAUGGGUGAGGGAUGGCGGGGUGGAUCUGAUGCAUUUCUCUGCACUCUUCAUCUUCUAUAUAAAUGUCUUGCAGCUGCAAAUGUAUUAUAAAUAUAUAUAAAUCGAUAUCAAACCUAUAGCCUCGCUGUGAUCUAUCAUAAAGCAGAUCUAUUGGCAAUAACCACUGUAUUCUGUACAAUAAAACUUUACUGCCAUUGAA